AUGUCAGCCAUAACGUCACUCUGGUGGCCCGAGGACAGGAUCCAGGCCACUCUAUGCUCAGAGUACAUAUUUGCCCAUCUUCCGUCCAACCUCCAACACCGUCUCCUGGCUCCUUUGCCAUGGGGCGAAGGCCUCACCAGCGAGACUUAUCUCGAUUGGAUACUCGCCAAAGCGGGAAGGCUUUUCCUUAUCCUCGCGGAGAUCGGAAUCCCGGAGCGGAUCUUCACCUUAGUGGAGGAGUCAUUCGAUGAUUCGGAUCUGCCAAUUGCAGCUCAUAGCAUCGACCGUCUCCAGCUCUCACCGGAUGCCGAGGACCCAGCGCUGGACUCCAAGUUUUUCCUCGCACAAUGGCGGUUCGUGGUUCGUGGGAUCCGCGAAGGUGACCAUGUAAAAUAUACGCAAAAUGAAGGCGUUCCCGUGGAGGUACUACGAACUGGGGCGGCCCUGGCAAGAGAUGGAGUGGAGAGGGUUGUUCUUGCUGGCGCUGUUUGCCGGGUGUAUUUGCGGACGCAAGUCAUAGUUGGAGGGCCGCCGCACUUCUUUGAGGAAGAAGAAGUCCUGGAUGAGGUUCGUUCACUGAGAAGACUAUCGCACGAGCAUGUCUACUCCAUCUACGGGUCCUACUUUGUGGACAACACUUUUUGCAUCCUCUUUUCCGGUGCACACGAGCGUACUCUCAUGUCCUUCCUCACUGACGUGCCUCUAUAUUUUAAACGUCUUGCCAGUGACCGCCGUCGGGAAAUUCUUCUCAACUGGCCGCAUUGCCUAGCGAAUGGACUAUCGUGGCUGCACGCUCAUGGCCGAGUUCACGGUGCCAUCCGUCCCUCAAAUAUCUUUGUCGACGCGGCCUUCAGGAUAUUUUUGGGUCAGUUCGAGGCGCUUGAUACGUUGCUGCCUCCAGUCAAGGUGGAUGAUGUCGAGUCGUAUCAAUAUGGGGCUCCAGAACGCUGGGUUCUGUCUGCUACCGUUCAGGAUACAGGCUCAACACGAACAGCCCUGCCGUCCGGAGGGCGCACGACCCGCAAACCGUCGUCACGGCCAUCUAGAUUGAGCCUGGCCAUGCAGAAGUCUCACCGGAUAGAUCAUGAGAUUGCAGACUCGCGACCAGUAUCUCUGGUCUCUCAGGGGACCGCCAUUCGCGUCGUAUCCCCGAGCUCCCCAUCACGUUUUUCAUUUGGCCUGUCAUCAUCUUCUUCGGGGUCUAGCGAUGGCAACGCUCGCAAGCGAGUCAUUUCCUCCGUGAAACGGCCAAUCUUUUACACACCCUCUAUCACGUCCUCCAAUUCUUCUGGAUCUUCGUCGCAUCCGACGUCAGCAUCCAUCGGUUUGCCAGGUGCGCAUUCCAACGGCGCCGUGGUUCAUACCUGGCAGUCACGCCAGACCAAUCCAGAAGCAUCAGACAUUUUCUCCCUUGGCGCAGUGACCCUCGACAUCCUCACCCAUCUCUGUAAACGCAAAAUCUCCUCUUUCGCCCAUCACCGCGGGGCCAAGAACCGCACUGCAGGUCGCGGAGGUGGUGUCGUCGACUGUUCCUUCCAUCGGGAUCGAAACAUCGCACAGGUGACAUCGUGGAUCACGCUCCUGGACCAGGAUGCAAAGAAGCAAAAAAAGCCCGUUUUCCAAGCCGUUCGGUCCAUGCUCCCUGUAGUGCGAGACAUGUUGAGCAAGGAACCAGCCGGUCGGCCCUCGGCCUCUCAUAUCGAACAUUACUUUUCUUCUGUAACCAAGCAUCUCAUCGGCGUUGCCACUCUUCACUGCUCAUCACACUUACACAUUCCUACCACGAAACCGACUAAAAGUCCACUACCUCAAAACCAUGCAGCGAAACCAGCACACCAAACUCUCCAUCCCCCUUCCAAAUCAACAACGCCAACUCCAACACCCAUUUCCCAGAUCACCAACAACAAUAACAACCCACCAAUCAACCACCCCUCCACCUCUCCUGGAGAAACAACCAGUCUCGACCCCUCCCCAUCAACAUCCACGACUACCUUUAACUUUUUCUUCCCUGACUGGAACUCUCCCUACUCCGGCAGCAGUGACAAUGACUCUGACCCACAGAGCGACACAGACGCAUACAACACCACCGGAUCAAAUCCUCCACCCUGGCUCGAUCCAGAUUUGACAUUAAGUUCUAUGUCGGUCAAUGAUCCUGCUUGGGACAGUCUUAGAACCCGAGAUAUGUAA